AUGUAUGCACGCCUUUUCCUUGCCGGACUUUGCGUUCUCGGCCUUGGAGCGUCGAUUCAGUCAGACGUCGGCAAUACAGCCAGCUGUCCAUGGGGCCCAUUACUGGCGAGUCGUGGCUAUGACCAUCAGUUCACAUGUGCCGCCCCUCAACAACAGCAACCAAAACAACCCCAAACUCGACAGGCGGACCGCCGCGAAGCCCAGACACCGGAGCUCUGGGACGAACGUGAUGGGCCGUACCAACAGGCUCAAGGCUAUGGGGUGUUGCCCCAAUGGCAAGGCCCGGAGCACUGUGCCACAGAGUUUUGUCUCUUCUCCAACCGAGAGGCAGGCGAGGGCAUCGCUCUCAUCACCACCGCCCGAAACGCUUACCUCGCCUCCAACUACGUUCCCUCACCCACCACUGGCGUGGAGCCAACAGCAUACUACGAAGCGGAAGUGCCCGGCAAGGGCCGCGGGCUUAUUGCCAACCGCACCAUACGCAGAGGCGAGAUCAUCAUGCAGCGGUUGCCAGUGCUGCUGAUACAAAUGACUCCCCAUGUCAACCUAGAUCCGGAGCUGCGUGAGCAGCUGUACCAAGCCGCCGUUGACCGGCUGCCCGAGCCCACCCGUGCCCGAUUCAUGCGCCAGAUGGGCGCCACCGUCUACGACAAGGUCGAGAAGAACUCGUUCCGUAUGUUCGUCGACGACUCCCUUCACCUGGGCAUGUUCCCGGACGUGAGCAAGUUCAACCACGACUGCCGACCGAAUGUCCACUACCGCAUCAACAACCUCACCCACACCGCCAUCGCCGUCCGCGACAUCCCCCGGGGCGAAGAGCUGACCAUAAGCUACAUCUACCCACUCGCCCCGCUGUCCACGCGCCAGACGCAGCUGCGCGACUGGGACUUCACCUGCACCUGCGCGCAGUGCACGCUGCCGGCGACGGCCUCGGCGCAGUCCGACGCGCGGAUCCGGCAGAUCGCGGCGCUGGAGGACGAGAUCGAGGCCAUCAUGGCGCGGCCCGGCGCGCCGGGCCUGCGCCCCGCCAUGGGCAUUCGGCUGAUCGAGCUGCACCUCGAGGAGCGGCUGCACGCGUACCUGGGCCCGGCGUACACGCGGGCCGCGAUCAUCGCGGCCAUGUUCGGCGACGAGGCGCGGGCGCGCGAGUACGCGGCCGAGGCGGCGCUCGCGCUUGAGAGGGAGGUCGGGCCGCAUGCGAAGGAUGCGAAGGCUAUGAGGAGGCUGGCGGAUGAUGUGAGGGGCCACUGGGCUUGGGGCUUGAAGGUGGAGGGGCAGCGGCCGCUGUAG